CACGAGAGAACUUCCAAAUUGGAGUCAACCGUUUUUGUUGAAACUACUUAGGCCGGACUUUUGGACGCAGUACUACGUACUGUUCGACUCGGAACUGUUAAAUUGACGCGAGUUCAGAGACAUGGCUACUAAUCCGGGAGUUAUGGAAGACUACGGGAACGCUUUCCCAGUUCUGAAUUCCAAUCCAACUGAUAUGAGCAGCCCUCCGAAUUUGUGGACCAACCUCCCCAAGAUCCCUACUGUGAGGUCAUCAAAAUGCACCCAGGUGUUCACUGUGCCAUUGGCUGAGCGUAAGUUCAGGGAUGACUUGGAGAACAGCUUUGGUGAUGAAGGCAAACAGGCGGAUGUCUGCAAGGACAUCAUGGCACGCACCGGGGUAACAAUUGAGAUGAGCUUGUCACGGGACCAGACGCUGACUGUGGUGGUAUCUGGGCGUGAGGAUCAGGUUAAGAAAGCCCGCCGGGAGGUCAUGACCCGCCUACAGACACAGGCAAACCAAACCAUCCGUAUUCCGCGUGAGCACCACCGCUUCAUCCUCGGGGCAAAGGGACUUAAACUGCAGGAACUUGAACUGGUGACUGCUACCAAGAUCACGAUCCCACGCGAAAAUGAAAACUCUGAUGUCAUCCGUAUCAUGGGAACCAAGGAGGGCAUUGACAAGGCUAUGCAUGACAUCCAGGUCGUCUCUGACAUUCAGUCUAAGCUAGCUAAUGAGCGGCUACCAGUACAGAAAGUGUACCAUCCAUUCGUGUGCGGACCGAACAACUCGACGAUCAAGCAGCUGAUGGAGGAGACCGGUGCGAAGAUCAACGUUCCACCACCAAGUGUCAUGAAGGACGAGAUCGUGGUCACCGGCGAGAAAGAGGGGGUCAUGAAGUGCAAGGCCACUAUUAUGGCCAUCUAUGAGGAAAAGUGCCGCAAGUGCCAGACAGUUUCCGUGGAGGUUCGCAAAUCACAGCACAAAUACGUGAUUGGACCCCGCGGCUCAAACCUGCAGGAGAUCCUAGCCAACACUGGUGUGUCUGUUGAGGUCCCGCCCCUAGACAGCUCCUCCGAGACAAUCACUCUCCGGGGAGAACAGGACAAACUUGGGCCCGCACUGACCAUGGUCUACUCCAAGGCCAACAGCGUGGUGUUUGCAGAUAUCAGCGCCCCUGACUGGCUCCACAAGUACAUCAUCGGCAAGAAGGGCAGCACGAUCCGCAACAUCACCGCCAACUUUCCUAAGGUGCACAUAGAAUUCACCGAGGGGGAGAAUAAGAUCCAGGUUGAGGGGCCACCGGAGGAGGUUGACGACGCUGUGAAGGCACUUCAGGACUUCUUGAGGGAUCUACAGAGCCGUAUGGACUUCGCAGAAAUCGAGAUUGACCAGCGAUUCCACAAACACAUCAUCGGGAAAGGGGGAGCCAACAUCACAAAGAUCAAGAAUGAGACAAAUGUUGCCAUCAAGAUCCCCUCAGACCAGGAGAAUAGUAACACCAUCAGAAUAGAAGGAGAGCCAAACGGCGUCAAACAGGCGAAACAAGAACUGCUGGAGAUGGCUGCUAGAAUGGAAAACGAGAAAUCACGGGACAUUCUGAUCGAGCAGCGAUUCCACCGGAUGUUGAUCGGGGCCAAGGGAGAAGGCAUUAAAGCCACAAGAGACAAGUUUAACCAGGUACAGAUCACGUUCCCUGACCAGGGUAAGAAAAGCGAUGUGGUGACCUUGCGAGGGCCCAAGACGGAUGUGGACAAGUGCUUCCAGUACCUCACAAAGAUGACGCAGGAUCUGAUUGCAAGCAACUACCAGGCCCAGGUGCACAUCUUCAAGGAUUUCCACAAGGUUAUCAUUGGCAAGGGUGGAGCCAACAUCAGAAAGAUUCGUGAAGAGACUGACACGCGUAUCGACUUACCCAACAAGCCCUCAGACUCCGACGUAAUUGUCAUCACAGGGGUGAAGGCUAACGUGGAGGCAGCCAAAAAGAGGAUUGAAGACAUUCAAAAAGAGCUGGCUAACAUCAAGGAAGUGUCUGUGGAAGUCCCGCACAAGCUGCACAACUCCAUCAUCGGGGCAAAGGGCCGUCUGAUCCGCUCCAUCAUGGAUGAGUGUGGUGGUGUGAUCAUCCGUUUCCCUCCAGAGGGCAGCACAAGCGACAAGGUGACCAUACGGGGACCAGCGGAGGACGUGGACAAGGCUAAGACUCAACUGCAGGAGCUCUCCAAGCAAGUUCAAACCACCAGCAAUGUUGAGGAGAUCCGUGCUAAGCCAGAGUAUCACAAGUUCCUGAUCGGUCGAGGAGGUGCGAAAAUCCGAAAAGUACGGGAAAAUACUGGCGCUCGAAUUAUCUUUCCGGGACAGGAUGAUCAGGACCAGGAACUGAUCACAAUCAUCGGAACCAAGGAGGCUGUUAAAGAGGCCAAGGCGGAAAUUCAGGGGCUUAUCAAGGACCUUGAUAACAUCGUGGAGGGAGAGGUAAACGUGGACCCCAAAUACCACAAGCACUUUGUGGCUCGACGGGGUGAGGUUCUACGCCAGAUAGGGGAUGACUUUGGGGGCGUGACCGUCAGUUUCCCCCGCAGUGGGGUGAAGAGUGACAAAGUCGUGAUCAAAGGGGCCAAGGACUGUGUGGAGGGUGCCAAGAAGAGAAUACUUGAGAUCGUGGCUGACCUGGAAGCCCAGGUGAUGAUAGAGUGCGACAUCCCACAGCAGUUCCACCGUACCGUGAUGGGGGCCCGCGGAUCUAACGUUCAGGAAAUCACAUCAACCUUUGAUGUGCAGAUAAAGUUCCCUGACCGACCCAUUGCUGACAAACCACCAGCAGAGAAACCAACCAAUGCAGGCGAUGCAGGUGAUGCCGCUGAUGCAGGUGAAGCACCUGAGAUGGUAAAUGGGGAAGCUGUGAACGGCGAGGUGAAGAGGAACAACAUUAUCACCAUCACUGGCAAGGUGGAUGCGUGCGAACAGGCCAAGAAAGCUUUACUGGACCUUGUGCCAAUCACGAAGGAGGUGAUUGUUCCGUUUGACUUCCACAAGAACAUAAUUGGCCAGAAGGGACGUGACGUGCGCAAACUGAUGGAUGAGUGUAACGUGAACAUUUCCAUACCACCGCAACAGCAGCAGAGCGACGUCAUUAAGGUGACAGGUCCACCAGCAAAUGUACAACGGGCCGAGGAAGCCCUUGCAGCCAAGGUUAGCGACCUUGAACUUGACAAGGAGGAUCGGCUGCUGAAGAGCUUUGAGAUCAAGGUUGAAGUGAGUCCCGACUAUCACCCAAAACUCAUCGGCCGUCGUGGGGAGGUGAUUAACAAGAUACGCAGCGACCACGAUGUUCGCAUUCAGCUGCCGGAGAGAAAUGACGAGGACCAGAGCGUGAUUAGGAUCAUCGGCUACGAGAGGAAUUGUGAAGCAGCACGUGAUGAGAUCCUUCGUAUGGUGAAAGAUUAUGAGGACCAAGUUCAUCUUGAGGUUCGUGUAGACCACCGCAUACACUCCCGCAUCAUCGGGCAGAAAGGGCGCGGUGUGAGGCGUAUCCAGGACGACUUCAAGGUGGAUCUCCGCUUUCCUCGGGGUAACGACGACAAAGACAUACUCGUUAUCAGCGGUGCUGAGGAUGACGUCUACGAGUGUAAAGACCAUCUUCUCAACAUGGAGGAGGAAUUUUUGCAAGAUAUCAUCGAUGAUGAAUACCUGAAGAGCCUUCAGAAGCCCAGCAGGAUUGAGCCCGAGAGACCCAAGAGAUCCGAGAACCCGGGCUUCUACACUAAGAAUGCCCCAUGGGAUAAGGACGAUGGCUCCGCCCCAGAUACCAGCAGCACGUCAGAAUUUCCAAGCUUUCCUGGUGCUACAGGGGGCUCGGCUGUUGCUCCGAAAUCAUCCUUUGCUUGGGGACCCAUGCGCAGAAAGUGAGGAAUAUCUGUGCAAUUUUAAUACAGCUAUAUCAACUUAAGAGUCCUCAUUUGUUUAUGCAGAAACUGUUUGCAAGGGUUUGGAUUUAGCUGCUCUGUUUUGUUUAUGAGGUAUUUUUAUUACUUUUGUUGAUGAUAUUCCUUUUUACCAGUUGUUGCCGAGUGAUUUGUGUUUGGUUAAAUGCAUUUAAAAGAGGAUAACAAGAUUUUACAAUACACUCAACAAAAUUAGUAAAGGGCCACCUACUGGUAUUAAAACAGUUGUUUUAUUUACAUUCAGUAACCUUUCAAACAGGCUUUAGGCAGAAGUCUGCUGAUCUAUAUCAAUAUUUUAACAUUAUAUAUCAGUAGUAUGAGUGACCCUUAAUUAAUUUUGUUGAGUGUAUAUCAUUAUUUUCAAAUGAUCAGGUAAAAAUACUGACGAUAAUUUAAGAAUAAAGUAAUGCAUAAUUUUGAAUGUCGAAGAGUUUACCCAGUGCAUACAGAUGCUGUUUUUAUGCCAAAUAUUUUUGGUGUCGGUGUUUUAAAGCACAUUUUUCAUUUCAUUUUUAAGAGGCCGGGAUAAACUUUGCUAAUUUACAGUUAAUAUGGGUCGCUUAAGAACUUUCAGGUUAUACUCAUUUUCAGGUUAGCGAAGUAUCAAAUAACGCCAUAAUUUGCUAGAAGUUUAAAGUCAUUAUUUCUGUUGUAUGUUUGUAACUAAAGACAAUCAAGUACACCAAUUAUGUUGUCUUUAAAUUGCAAAACACACAUUUCUUUUUGAUUUAUAUAAAUGUUAAGAAUUAUUUAAGAUGUUAAUUAGUGGCAUACAUUUUUUGAAAAAUGCCUACCGGUAUCAGGAUUUAUUUUUAGUGUUUGUUUGGUAUGUAUUCAUUGUUUACCGAAGUUGUAUUUCAAUGAGGUUGUUUUAAGAAUAAAAAGAGAAUUAUCCUAAAGCUAGUCAUAAAAGUAAUCUUUAUUUUUGAGCUUUAACUGGUCUGCUUGGCAUGUUUAACCCGGGCUUUCUAAAACAUAAUUCUGUGUUAUAUAAUGACCAGUAUGAAACACUAAAUUCAGCAUAUGGCCAGCAUAAAGGAAUAGUUUGUUUGGCGUUCACCUGUCUAACCCUUAUAUUGAUGUGUUGGUAGGUUUUUUUUGUAUGUUUCUUUUACUACUAGGACCCAAACCCUUCAUUCGGUUUAAAAAAAAAGUAAAACAAAAAUGACCUACGAAAAGGCGAAACAAACUACUUUCAGGUAGCCAAUAUUUUUGUGAUUCAGUUGGGGAAAGCCAAGCAAACUUUCAUUAAUUAUGGCCUUGAAGUUCUAUUUUGGUCUGAGAAAAAAAUAUUAAAACCACGAAAAGAAUGAACUAUUUGACGAAGUUUGUUUGUAUAAUUGUAUAGUUCAGGCUUGACCUCUGUUUUAUUUUAAUGAUAGAUUUUAAUCAUUAUCAAUCAGCCUAAUAUUGUACGACACUGCUGUAGUUACAUUGGAUGAAUGUCAGAGCAAAAAUGAAAUACUUUGGAUUUUAUGAACUUAUUUAUGCAUGAAAUAUUUACACCAAAUAUUUCAAAUUCAUUGUUGUUGUCCAGUAAUCGUUGACAUUUGCAGGGGUUUAUUAGCUCGGGAUUGAUAGUAAUUUCAAGAUUUAGAGCUUUUUACUUCAAACUAUUGUACACUUAUAAAGAUCAUUCUGCGGAUACGUCAAAAACAGUAGCAAACACCAAUAACUUCGGAAAGAAUUUCAAAACAGGGUCCAAGCCCCUUGACGCUUUUUGGGGCAUGAAUCGCUCAAACUCCCGGCUAUUUUUGUCAGGAUUGGCAGUUAUCGGCCAUUAGAACCCCUGCACAGCUGAUAUAUGCAUUUCUCUGUGUGCAAAUUGUGUAUAGAUUAGCAAAAAGGUUGUACUAGAUUUUUGUAUUAAAAUUCAAUGAAUUGCUAAAUGUCAGUUAAAUGUCCUGUAAUGCUCUUUUUCGCCUGUUUUUUGUGAAUGAAUUAGAGGGCUCAAUGGAAGAAGGUUGUGACUCCGAAUAAAAAAAAUAAGGAGUUACCUCCACCUUGCUUUGAUUCCUCAAAAAAUGAUUUGUUAAUGAGAAUAUAAACUGUUGAGUAUUUUAGUCAUAUGUUUAUCCUUAGUUUAACAAGAUAUUGUUAAUGUUAUGUUUUUCAGAGCAAGUUGAUCGUAACUGUUUUUUUUAUUUAAACUUCGCUCGCAUGAUUUAUCAGUUAAAUUGUAGUUAUAUAAAUGACGUUUAAAUGAAAUUAUAUAAGUCAGUGGUACUGUAGAUGACUUAAAUUUUCGUAAGGUCUUUUUUCACAUUUUUGUUCUUGUAUAUUUCACACAGUUUUAAAUCUGUGACUUACAGUAUUGAAGCAUCUGAAUGCAAUGGUACAGAACAUUGAAUAUUUUUCUUGGUCAUUCAUGGAUUCACGAAAUAUCCCAAAAAUUUACGUUCACAAAAUGCAGUGAUUCUUAAUUGAAAAGACCUGCUUGAUUCUGCUCAAUAGAUGUUGAAUGAAAAAAAUAUAUGCCUCUGAAUAACAACUGUUUGAAUAGUGAAUUAAUACAACAUGACCAAUGUCAUGUAUUGUAGAGUUUCAAAAGCGAAUUACUACAAUUUGUUAAAUGUAAUGUAUUCCCCCCACCACCCCAUCCCAUACUGUGUAGUCUUAAUGUUCUCUGGUUUUGAAACCUAAUAUGACCCAUUUUUAAUGCAUGAACAUUGGUUGGAGGGAGAUCAUAGUCACAUAUUGGUCUGCACCAUUUGUUAUUACAUGUGACACAUAUUGUUAAGACAUUCAUGGAGGGAUCAGGGCUAAAGGGACGUAACUCCCUGGAUUAGUAUAUGGAGUUACGUCCCUUUUAAACUGAAACCUCAACACAUAUUGCAUGUUCUUUGUGUUCAUUAUUUUACUUGAGUUUGGAAUUUUUUACCACGGUAAACUCUGACCCAGCUUUACGUCUAGGGUGAUUUACCAAGAAACUUUGGUUCUAGCUUAUGUGAUAAAAUAAGUAUUUAUUAACGGCAAAGUAUAUUAUGGUAAUAAAUUGAAACACAGGUUUAUGCAUUUCAUUGUUCACCCAUGUAUUUUAAAUGAUUCUAAAUGAAUUGUAUGUUAUGUAAAUUGCAUUAUAUUUUGGAAUAAGGAUUUUGUUGAGAUAGUGAGCUCUAUCUGAUGUACUAUGAACGAUAAUGUGAAUACCACAGUAUAAAUAAUUAAAACUUGAAAAUUAGAA